CGCUGAUAGGAACAAAAAAAUUCAAGUGAAAGUGACUCUGCUAGAAGAGUGCCAUUCUAGACACAGACUCCGGGGAAGACGAUGGUUCAGCACUACUUGUGGAUCUUGCUCCUUUGUCUGCAAACCUGUCUGGAAGCAGCUGGAAACAACACAAACAUCCUCACAGUGAAUGGGAUUUUAGGGGAUACAGUUAGUUUCCCCUUGAAUAUCCACGAAUCACAGAAAAUUACCAACAUUGCUUGGAUGAAUUCGAAAUCAUCUGUUGCUCUUGUAGUAGCAAUAGACUCAGAACCUGCACCCAAAGUUACUGUGACCCACCAAAAUUAUCAAAAACGAAUAAACGUCUCACAUCAGAACUAUGACCUGAAGAUCAGCGAUCUGAGGAUGGAAGAUGCAGGGAUCUACAAAGCUGACAUAAAUAUGAAGACCUCUAAAAUGGAGGAAUUCACCACCAUCACCAGGAGCUACAACCUUCAAGUCUAUCGAAGGCUUGGGAAGCCAACAAUUACUCAGAGUUUAAUGACAUUUGUAAACAGGACUUGUAAUGUCACACUGACAUGCUCUGUGGAGAAAGAAGAAAUGAAUGUGCUAUACAGUUGGAGUCCCCUGGGGAAAGAGGGUAGUAUCCUUCAAAUCUUCCAGACUCCUGAAAACCAAGAGCUGACUUACACCUGUACAGCCCAGAACCCUGUCAGCAACAAUUCUGACUCCAUCUCUGCCCGGCAGCUCUGUUCAGAUAUCACAAUGGGCCUCCAUACUCACCUCGCGGGGUGGCUGAGUGGACUGGCUGUGCUUUUUCUGUUUAUACUCAUCCUACCUUCAGUGCUUUUGUUCCUUUUGUGCAAGAGAAAACAAGCUUUCCAGACAAACCAGACUGUGACCAACAGGUCUAUAAAGACCAAAGAUGUGUCAGUUUUGUGGAAAUAUGCUUCAGUUGAAAUCUGAGAAGCAGGGCCCUCUAGUGGAAAGUGCCGGUAAGCCAGGACAAUCCCUCCGCAAGUCAGUGUGGCUUUGCCAGGGAACUGAGAAGAUGAGAAAUGUUGCAGCUCAUGCUUCUCAGAAAAAGAAAGUGAAGCUGAUUUAAAAUGUAAUUUUAAAAAAAGCUAUAGAACACUCUAAACUACCCAUCCCACAAGAGAAAAGCUUGACUGGGCCACCUCUGGAAACUGAGCAUGGGAAGAAAGGAGCCUGACUGGUCCAGUGUCAAUAGAAGACACUUCUUAGGUUCUGUCUGGAAAAAAGAAAUGCCUGGGCUAUAUUUUCUCCCAGAUCCAAUGCUUUUCUCCUGUUUGACUUUUCUCUGAAUUUCCCUUGAUUUUCAUGAUUUUCUCAAAAAUAAUUAGUGAUGGUCUCUACUAGCUGUAACAUGAAGCUUGAAGAAACAAUAGAAAGAGGUGUAAUGAGGGUCACAAAUGUGGGCUCUGUUGCUAGAGUGCCUGGGUUUAAAUCCUGGUUUCUCAGCUGUGUGACCUUCAGCAAGUUAUUUUAACCAAUUUGUGCCUCAGUUUUCUCAUCUGUAAAAUAGGGAUAAUGACAGUUCCUAUUUUGUAAGGAUUAAAUGAGGUAUUAUAUUUAAUACCUCAUGGUAAAUGAGAGCCUACACAUGGUAAAGCCCUGGAUCGUUGUAUUAACUGUUCUUAUAGGCCUGAUGCCUUCAUUAGAUACGAAAACAAACUUAUAAAAUAAGGCUCUUGCAACAGAAAUACAUCUUAUAUUAUGCUAAAUUAAUGUUGCAUAUCAAACUUUUAGCUCUCAAUCCCCCUAACUCAAUGUCUGUUCCUUGCAUUAUUUCACUUACCACACUACAAUCUAGUUACCUGCCAUACGUGUCUCCCCAACUAGACUGAGAUAGGAAAAUUGGGUACUUAUAUCACAUGCUUUAAGGUCCAUCUCCCUCCAGACAAAAACUUUGUCUUAUUCAUCUUCUCAAUCAUAGUACCCCAUAACAGAAGCCAAUGCCUAGUAGAGCUUAAUAAAUAUUUGUUGAACUGAACUUGGAUUGGGACCCAGACACCUGGAGAAGAGGAGUCCUAGAAACCCCUUUCAGAGUCUGGGUCUAGGGAAUUGGAGAGGAGGCAUUUUCUGAGUCACCCACAGUGCCACCCGGAGGAAAGGGAUAAAAGGACCUGGCUUCAGAACCAUGGGAGCAGUGUCUCAGUAUAUUUUGCAAAACCGUGAAGGAGAAAUGACUUGCUAAGAGAUGGUGUUUGAGAGAGCAAACGGAAGCAUCUAAAUCAGAAACCACUUCCUUUACUCCUUACUUAUCAAAGAACUGCUCUGAGCAACUCUUUGCAGAUGUGCUUGGGCUCCCACCCCAGCUACAUCUCUUUAUUCUUUUCUUGUUGAGCUGAAAUUGAACCACUACCCCGAAGAAUUUCAGAGCCCCUGUGUAGAAACUCUGCAGCAGAUACUGGAACUACCUGAGAAAAUAAAAACAAUUUUGGUAGUGUCUUUCUGGUGCUGUCUGAGAGUCUGGCAAGUUUCAUUUCAUUUAAUUUACACAUUAGCACUCAGAGUCCCCCUCUGCCUGAAAUGCUUUACCUCCUGCCUCCUUUCCCUCACCACCUCCAGUACACAUCUUUAUUAAUGCCCACUCAUGCCUCAGGGUGCAGCUUAAAUGACCCUUCCAUAUUUUGCUCUCAUUGUACUACCUCUUUCCUUCAUAGUAGUUUUCAAAUUUUGUCUUUAAAUAUUUCUCCUGUGAUUAUUUGAUUAGUGUUUCUCUUUCCCUACUAGGCUGUGAGCUCCAUUAGGACACAGAUCAUGUCUGGUUUGGUUUACCAUUUGUAUCCACAGUGCCUGACCCUGUGAAAGCUAUAGAAGUCCUCAAUGUAUAGUAUUUUAAUUAAUUCAUGAAAAUGCAGCAGUUUGUACAACAUCUAACUGCCUUACCUGGAAUGUGACAGCCCUUUGCUGCAUGUCUCAGUGACAAAGCUAUUUACUCCUAAGUAUAUUCCCUUAAUAAGUUUCCAAACUAUGGAUAAAAAUGCAGUAUAAAAAUAUUGACUUCAUGUCCUGUACAGAAAACAUAGUUAAGAGUUAGAAAACACAGAAAAGAGUUGACAUUGUAGGUCUAAGGCUGCUAUCCUUGAAAGGUGUACUCUCUCAAGGUUGGCUCUUGGCUGGUGUCUGAGAACUUGGAUUUUGGGAGCGUUAGACCAUUCCCCUGAUAAAAGGGGUUCACUGAACUUAAACUGUUUGUACAAACAAUUUGGUUCGUGCUGAACACCUCCUUUCCAUCUGGGAUUCUGAAAUUUUGGUACAUGCUAGACAAACAGUACCUACAUUACUGAUUGUUAAUAAAAAACCCUGGAAUCCUAGGCUUAGGAAAACUUACCUAGUAGACAGCAUUUCACAUGUCUUGUCACAACACAUUGCUAGAGGAAUUAAGCACAUCCUGUGUGACUCCACUGUGAGAAGACCCUUGGGUGCUUGUGCCUAGUUUUUUCUGGACAUCACUCCAUGUACCAGUCCCUUUUGCUGAAUUUUCUUUGUAUUUAGUCACUAAUAAAUCAUAGCUAUGGGUAGGACUAUAUGCUGAAUCCUGUAAAUCCUCCCACUGAGUCAUUGAACCUGGAAGUGGUCUUAAAAUCCCCUAACACACCUCCUGAACAUUUUUACAAUCUAUCUAACUUUUCUUCUUUCAUCCACCAGUAGCUGCAGUAAUGUAAUCCUCCAUCAUCUCUUACCUAGACAACAGGACUUUACCUCCUGCAGUCACACUUGCCCCAGUCUCAUCCAUUCUCUACACCAUAGCUGGAGUGAUCUUUCCAAAACACAAAUAUGAUAAUGCCAUCUGGUGGCAAAAAGAACCAAUGGAUUGAACUGAUAUGUAGAUUAAUAUCAAUAAUAGUUCAUAGGUUGAAAGUUUAUAACUAGAACAACUUGCUUAAUUAGAGAAAAACAUGGAAACGAUGUUCAGUGAUCUAAUUUCCAAAAUGUACCAAGCCUUGGUGGUAUAAUAAACUAGUUCUACUACAUUCAGUGAAAGACUAAUUCCUAUGUAAUUUUAACUGUUCUAAAGCAUAGAAAACAGUGGGAAACUUCAAAAUUCAUUGAGCACUGACUCCAAACUAGAUGACAAUGAUUUCCCAAAAAGAAAAAUAUAGACCAGGGAUCAUCAGCAAGCUAUAACCUGUGGACAAAUCCUGCCUGCCAAGAGUUUCUAUAUAGCUUGUGGGCUAAAAAGAGUUAUUACAACUUUAAAAGGUUGAAAAACACUCCAAAGAAGAAUAAUAUUUGGUGAUAUAUGAAAAUUGUAUGAAAUUCAAAUUUCACUGUUUAUAAAUAAAAUGUUAUUGAAACACACUCGACACCCAUGCAUUUAUGUGCUGACUAUGGCGCUUUCAUGCUACAACAGCAAAGUUGAGUAGUUACAAUGGAAACUGUAUGACCCACAAAGUCUAAAAUAUUUGCUACCUUUUUGUUAACUCCUGGUAGACCAAUCUUACUAAUAAAAGUUAAAAUUUUAACUUAAAU